GUGAAGCAGAUUGAAUGCAUCUCAGAGAAGCAGAGGAGAAUUUAUGUUCUGAUCAACAGAACCAAAACACAAUCUCUGUGUAAGGACAAGGAGUAGCUACAGUGCAAGUGUUGUGGACACAUGAAGUAACAAGCAAGCACUGAGAUUGCACUGACUUUUUUUUUUUUAACUAAUAACUGGAUAUUGCUUCCCAUGCUGCUAGUAUUUUGCCCACACAGCGAAUGUCCUUCACCCCACAGGAAGGGCAAGAUAUUAUUUGGGUUGUAGAGCUCUUGAAGGUUGGUACUGCUGCUGACAUUGCUUUGCAUACCCUGGCAACUAGUUACCUCCCCCACUUUGUGCCCAGAUCUGCUGCCUACAGGGAGUGGCUGAUCUCAGUGCUAGAGGCAGUCUACAGGGCUGGGCUGUUGUGCGGAUCUUUCUCCUAACACGGUGCCUUUGGAUGCUUGGAUGUACAAAAGGGUUUUCAAUAUGGUAGAGUGUGCGCCCAUCUUAGAGGACUGAUGAUUAAACCAACGGUGGUCCCAGACUGAGUAGGAAGCCCGAUAACUGGGGAUACAUUUAUCGCAAACAUGUUGAAGCCAAGUGGACUUAAAAUUCCUGGAAGGGGACCAAAGCACUCCAGUCCGGUGGGCAGAUCAUCUGCAGGAGCAAGUGUAACAAGUGGUACCAGCUCAAAAGAAAGUUCUCCUUUACACAAACAGGGAUCUACCUCUUCAGUUAGUGGAGAUAAAUCAAGCUUGAAGAUCACUGAAGUGGGGGAUGAGUUCCUUGGAGAUUUUGUGGUUGGUGAACGUGUAUGGGUCAAUGGUGUGAAAUCCGGUGUGGUACAAUAUUUAGGAGAAACCCAGUUUGCCCCAGGUCAGUGGGCAGGAGUUGUACUUGAUGAUCCAGUAGGGAAGAAUGAUGGAUCUGUAGGUGGAGUGCGUUACUUUGAAUGUCAGCCUCUACAAGGGAUUUUUACUCGACCAUCCAAACUAACACGGCUGCCGGUGUCAGAUGGAAGUGAUUCCCAUUCAGUGGAGUCCUUAACAACUCAAAACUUGUCCUUGCACUCUGGCACUGCCACCCCACCUCUAACUACUCGUAUUGUACCACUGCGGGAAAGUGUUCUCAAUAGCACAAUAAAGACUGGAAAUGAGUCAGGAUCAAAUCUUUCAGACAGUGGAUCUGUGAAGAAAGGAGACAAGGACUUGAGGGUUGGAGAUCGUGUUCUGGUUGGAGGAACAAAGACAGGAGUGGUUCGCUAUGUAGGAGAGACUGAUUUUGCAAAAGGAGAAUGGUGUGGGGUAGAGCUGGAUGAGCCUCUUGGGAAGAAUGACGGAGCAGUAGCUGGUACCAGGUACUUUCAGUGUCCACCAAGGUUUGGCCUUUUUGCCCCCAUCCACAAAGUAAUCCGCAUUGGCUUCCCAUCCACAAGCCCCGCCAAAGCCAAGAAGAGCAAGAGGAUGGCCAUGGGAGUGUCAGCACUUACACAUAGCCCAAGCAGCUCCUCCAUCAGCUCAGUCAGCUCGGUGGCAUCUUCUGUAGGGGGCCGGCCCAGCAGGAGUGGCCUGCUCACAGAAACCUCAUCACGCUAUGCCAGAAAAAUCUCUGGCACAACAGCCCUACAGGAAGCACUAAAGGAAAAGCAGCAACACAUCGAGCAGCUGUUAGCUGAGAGAGACCUUGAGCGAGCCGAGGUUGCAAAAGCUACCAGCCACAUCUGUGAAGUGGAGAAGGAGCUUACACUCUUGAAAAAUCAACAUGAGCAGUAUGUUACAGAAGCUGAUGGCAAUCUGAAAAGGGCUCAUGGUUUGGUGGAAACUACGCAAAAAGAAAAAAUUGAGUUGCUGAAUCAACUAGAAGAGGAGAGGAGGAAAGUGGAAGAUCUCCAGUUUAGAGUAGAAGAAGAAUCUAUCACCAAGGGGGACCUAGAGACACAGACGCAGGUGGAGCAUGCCCGAAUUCGGGAGCUCGAGCAGAAUCUGCUGUUUGAGAAGGCUAAAACUGCAAAACUUCUCAAAGAAUUAGAGGACAAAAGGCUAACAACUGUAGCAGAGCAGUCAAGAAUUCUUCAACUGGAAGAGGAGCUUAAUUUACGUCGCAAUGAAAUUGAGGGCCUUCAACAAUGCUUGAUGAAUACAAGCCAAUCAGACGUACCCGAACACAAUAUUGGGCUGCAAAGUGAGGCAUUGCGCCUUCGAGACCAGCUGCUGUCCGCUAGCAAAGAACAUCACAAAGAGAGCAGUCAACAAAGGGACAAAUAUGAGAAGAAUAUUAAACGAUAUCAACAAGAAAUUGAAAAGUUGAAAAGCACAAAUGAAAAACAUGUGCAGGAGAUAGCAGAGUUAAAAAAGAAGGUUGAGCAAGCUACAAAAGAAAAUAUAGGUAUGAUGGAUAGUUGGAAGUCAAAACUGGACAGCAUAGUAUCUGAUCAUCAUAAAUCAUUGCAAAACUUGAAAGGUUCAUUGGUCACCAGUCCUGAUACCCAACACAAAGAGACAGUUGAACUUAAGACUAAUUUGGAAAGCCUUAAAAUGGAACACCAACUUGAACUUGAGAAUUUAAAGGCCAAAAACGAGAUUGAGAUAGCAGUACAUGUUAAGGAGAGGGAAAGCCUCAAGACCAAACUGCAGGAGAUUAGGGAUGAACUUGAAGAGCGAAACAAUACUUGGAAAACCCAACUGGAAUCAAAAACCAACCAGCACCUUAAAGAGCUUCAGGAUAUUAAAGAUAAAUACAGAGUUGCAGAACUGAGAGUGUGUGAACUUGAAAAACUGCACAGUGAAUACAAUGACCAGACACGAGCCAUAUCCUUCUUAAAAGAACAGAUUACACUUGCUGAAAAGAAGACCCAGGAUUAUGAAACCCUUCAAAAUGCAGAUGUACAAAACAAACAGGAAAUACACAAACUUCAGGAAAAAAUUCUUGUGUUGGAAAGCAAGAUGCAGUCGACAGAGGCCGUCCAUUCUGCUCAGAACACUAAUAUGAUUGAGACAAAUGAUGUUUCAGAAGAAAAGAUAAAAAUUAAACAGGCAAUGGAAGAUAUGCAAAUAAAACUUACAAAGCGAGAUAAAGAAGUGGCGUCCAUGUCUUCUCACAUUGAAGCACUAAGGUCCCAGGUAGCUGCUCUAGAAAACAAAUGCAAAUCAGGAGACAAAAAGGUGGAUUCACUAGUAAAGGACAAUAAGAAGCUGGAAGCAGAACUAGAGGCAUUUUCUAGAAAAUCCCAUGAUUCCUCGGGACAGUUCGUCAUUAUCAGUCAAGAUUUACUAAGGAAAGAGAGGAGUUUAAAUGAACUGAGAGCCCUAUUGAUGGAAGCCAGCCGUCACUCGCCAGGACCAGAAAAAGACUUGAGCCGAGAACUCCAUAAAGCGGACUGGAGGGCCAAGGAGCAAAACUUGAAGGAAGAAAUCAAAGUAUUACGAGACAAGUUAACGGUCGUGGAAAAAGAUAAAUCUGUAACAGAUCAUAGGCGAUACUCCCUCAUAGACCCAUCCACAGAGUCAGAAGUUCUCCGAUUACAGCACCGCUUAGUUAGCACUGAGGAAGCUCUGCGAAUUGCUCUGGAUCAGGGUAAUCAAAUGGAAAAAUUAAUGGAGGCCAUGAGAAACAAUGCAGAGAAGUCACAGACAACUGGGAAUUCAGGGUCUGCCAAUGGAAUCCACCCGCAAGACAAGCCCCUUAAACAGGAGGAAAAUCUUUGAUAUCCAACAUGGAAACAUCAUUAAAUAUAUACUGCUAUGCUUUCUACAGUAUGGGUCAAACCCUUUCACCAAUGGGCUGGCAGCAUACAGACUGUGAACAGUAUUUUAUUGUUAAAGUAAGAACAGUAUUUAUUGGACAACUGUAGUUCUCCCAGGACAAUCAAUCAAAAGUCACCACUAAUAUGGAUGGAGAAUUUGGAACUGAAUCAUUAAUUUUGCCUUUCUUGCAUUGUCGCUAGAAUUCUGUGGUUGGUAAAUCUUUCCAUGCCAAGUAUAAUCUGGACAUUACCAUGAAAUACUUGCUAAUUAUUCCACACGAUGCUACGGAUCGCUAGCAUUUACACAUGAUUGCUCUGUAGUACAAAUGUGUAAAUUCAGGAUCAUCGCGGAUUAAAAUAAAUAUAAUAUCUUAAACUUGGCAAUGACAAAGUGCUUGUGCAAACGUUGCUUGUAUACAGACUACAAGGUCAUAGUUACUUUUUGCAGGAAGACACAGAAGAGAUGUUUUGUGUAAUAAAUUAUCAUGCAGAUAAUAUUAAUGUGAGCCACUGUUGAAAGAUGGGAUGGUUUAUAAACUUUGAUUUUCUUAAUAUGUAAAUAAUCUAUUUUAUUGUCACUAAAGUUUAAGCUAGAAUGUGUCCCACAACACAUAUUACAAAUACAAAUAUAAAACCAAACCUAUUCAUUGGUGAAUGUCAGAUUUAAAUUAAUGAUGCAUAACAGACAAAAUGUUUUUUUGUUUGUUUUUUUUAAAGAAUUAAUCACUUAAGUUUUGCAGUGCAAAUCUGCCCUUUGGCGUUACAAACCUAUGAGAUGAUUUUUUUCUUUUUGAUAUGUAGCUAAUUGUAAAGGGUAUCGAAUGAUUAAAAUAAGUAAUUGAUUUAAAACUCUAAUAUAUCAUUUGUUACUUUUGAUUGGUUGUUUGCUGGAAAUGAAAUGACAGUUUGGGACAAUUGUGCUUCUGACAACCAGUGAGGAGCUUUAGGCUAUUACAGAUCACAAUCUGGGGUCAAGGAUAUUUACUUAUUCAGUGUAAGAUGUUUAGUUCUUUACAGAAGAAUACAAAACUUUGGAAACUUUAUUGUGGGAAAGAAUUGCUACCUUGUUGUUUUGUAACAGAUAUUUUCAAGUCAAAUUACAGUCUUAAAGGGACAUAAACCCCCAACAUUUUCUUUCAUGAUUCAGACACAUUUCAUUUGAAUAAACUUUACAAUUUACUUCUAUUAUCAAAUGUUCUUCAUUUUAUUUGUUGAAAAUCAGGUAGGUAAGUUUAGGAGUGUGCAUGUGUCUUCAGUACUAUAUGGAACCAAUUUUGCAAAAAUGUUAUACAUCAGUUAGAGCACUAGAUGGCAGAAACUAUUCCUGCCAUAUUGUGCACCAGACAUGUGCAGGCUACCUACCUAGGUGUCUCCUCAAUAAAGAAAAACAUAAGAACAAAGUAAAUUUGGUAAUAGAAGUACAUUGGAAACUUUUUUUUUUAAUUAUAUGCUUCGUAUGAAUCGUGAAAGAAAAAUGUGGGGUUUCAUGUCCCUUUAAAGAGAUAUACUUUAAAGCGAUACAUUAAAGGAUCAUUAUAGUGAUAAAAUGAAAUGUCUAAUUUGUCAGAGCAUGCCAUUUUAUCACUAGUGAUGUGGCAAAGCUAUGUGCUUAACCUCUGCAAAUGAAUUAAACACAUAAUUAAAGUAUUGCUUGAGACCAACAGAGCACUGCAGGUCCAGAGCAGAAACUACUGCUGAUCCAAUCAGCAGCGCUAGUUGCACAGCUGGGUUGUGUGAUUGGAUCAGCAGCAGUUUCCACUUGGGGCCAGCAUUUGCCACAAGGUUGUAGUGCCCAGCAUGAAGUGACAGAGCUUCACCAACCGGCAACUGUAAUGGAUAAAAAUAAGAGAGCUGCAAGCACAGUGAAAUAGCAUGGUGAGUAGUAUCUAUGCUACUGUAGUUAUACCCAGCCAUUUAAUGUCCCUUUAAUUUAAUUUCACUUCAGUUUUAAGUUGUCUAUAAAAUAAAACACGAUUUGUUUCAGCA